UGCGUCCUCGCGCCGGAAACGGGCAGGGCGAUCGGGCAGUCCGUGCCUGCGCACAGAGAGCUGGCGAGGAUAGCUUGGGGGCCGCUUGCAAGAUGGCGGAGCGAGGUUACAGCUUCUCCCUCACUACCUUCAGUCCUUCUGGGAAACUUGUUCAGAUUGAGUAUGCUUUGGCUGCAGUGGCUGCAGGAGCUCCAUCAGUUGGGAUUAAAGCUGCAAAUGGAGUGGUGUUAGCAACGGAAAAGAAGCAGAAAUCCAUUCUAUAUGAUGAGAGGAGUGUUCAUAAAGUAGAACCAAUUACCAAACAUAUAGGUUUAGUGUAUAGUGGUAUGGGACCAGAUUACAGAGUACUUGUACACAGAGCACGGAAGCUGGCCCAGCAGUAUUUCUUGGUUUAUCAUGAGCCUAUUCCAACAGCUCAACUAGUACAAAGAAUUGCUUCUGUGAUGCAGGAAUAUACGCAGUCUGGAGGUGUUCGUCCAUUUGGUGUAUCACUGCUAAUAUGUGGCUGGAAUGAGGGGCGGCCCUACUUAUUUCAGUCAGAUCCAUCUGGAGCUUAUUUUGCUUGGAAAGCAACAGCAAUGGGAAAAAAUUACGUCAAUGGAAAAACAUUUCUUGAGAAAAGAUACAAUGAAGAUUUGGAGCUUGAAGAUGCCAUUCAUACAGCUAUCUUAACAUUAAAGGAGAGCUUUGAAGGGCAAAUGACAGAAGACAACAUUGAAGUUGGCAUAUGUAAUGAAGCCGGUUUUAGGAGGCUAACUCCAACUGAGGUUAAGGACUACUUGGCUGCAAUAGCCUAGUAGAAACCAAGUAAGACUGUGAGAAUUCACACUAAGGUCUUUUUAAUUUUGGCUCCUUCAAUGUUUUUCUUUGCAGUUUUUGCAUACUUAUUUCUACAUGGUUUGACAGAUUUUUUAAAUGUCAUGGGUGAAAAUGCAGCAGUCCUGAUGUUGUAAUAAAUUGAAUCUUAAUACAGAUUACUCUUCCCCUUGGUACAUGGAAAGUUUGUACACCAAAUACUGUACGAAAUGUAAAGUUAUACUGAACACAUAAAAAGGCAAAAUAAUAAAGGUUGAAGGCCUCUGUUUUGCGGGAAAGUGUGUGCGUCUUUUUGUUUGUCUCUAGGAAGCUGAGAUUUUGGUAUCUUCAUUGUUGAGGAAAAUUUUUUCCACGUUAGCCAUUGUGAACUUCUAAACUCUGUGCAUACAAGAGCAUUUUUUCACUUUGGAAUUUAGUGUAAUUAUUAAGUAACUUCCUAAAAUGGGUUGCUCUGGUGUAAAACAUACUUCCAUAGGCGUGUAGAACAGUCUUCGAUUUGGGGGAUGAACUGUGAUUUACUCAAACAGCUCUGCUUCUGAGUGUCUACAAUUGUCUCAGUCUUCGCAUCUUAAGAGUUUGUUUUUUGUUAGUCAUUUGACUUCUAUGAUCCUAGAAAUUGAAAUUCUUCAAUCCUGUAAUGCUGUUAGGAAUAACAGAAACAAUUGCUAUAGAUCAAAACCUAAAUGCAUUUACCAGUACUUUUAAAAAUCAAUGGGAUGUGGAAAGCAAAAUGAGAACAUGUAAUGUAAUUACUUUAUUCCUUGAAUAAUGCUGAAGUACUUUUCAACUUGCAAGAUGGAAUGGUAACGAAAAGAUCACUAAAUUUAUGCAUUGCUACUUUUAAACAUGCAGAACUAGAUACUUGAACAUUAUGGUGGGUAUAUGUACCAUUAGUUUCUUCUGGUUCUUUCUUAAGUGUGUAGUGUCUGUAGGGUUAUGUAGAAACAAACUGCACAAAAGAAAGAGGCUUAAAUAUACUUUUUUUAAAGUAGAAGUCUUUUAAAGUUACUGAUAAUGAAAUGGAAACUACAAUAGUUGGAUCAGUCUGCUUGUAUAUUAGUAAAGUUAGCAGCCACACAGGUCAAAUGUUAACCAUCCAUAACCAAUGAAGAAAAUAAAAAGUCUAAAAAAAGUGACAUACAAACUAA